AUGGCUAUCCAAAGGGCAUCUUUUAUCGGACAUGAAUCUUUGGCCAACAAUUUCGACUUAAAGAAGCUUAGAGAUUUGAGUUUUCUGUUAAUGCAAGUCCCAAAACAACAGUUGAAGGAAUCUGUUGAUGGAUGUGUGGAGAGAUUGAAUGUAGCAAGACAAGAAAUUAGUGAAGAAUUUAGAGAAAUGGGUGCAGAAGAGUUGAUGGGUUUCAUUGGUUCAGAUAGAAAGAAAAAGAUAUCUGAGUUGUUUGGUGAUGAUUUUCUUACAGGGAACAAGAAGAAGAAGACGAAAAGAGUUGGGCCUGUAAGAACUUCAUUACAAUGA